AUGGCUUCAUCUUCGGACAUUAGAAAGUAUCCUCCGCGCUUAUACGAGGCUGGGAAAACACCAAUUCAAAGCAGAAGCAUGAAUCAUAGCUGUCACUUGUCGAAUGUGGCGAUGGUUAAAGAAGCCGUUGGUGUAGACGCUUGGGAUGUGUUGAAGGAUGCUGUUGGAGUGAUCAUCAGGCUGAUGGAUUUGGAUUACAAUCCGUGUUAG